AUGAGAGUCAAAUGGAAUCGAAAUUUGGAUGGAAUUCGACCACUGAUUACAGUUCCAGAAACGGAUGUCAUCUCUUCUGAGACACUAGAUGUCGAAGACUUGGAUAACAAGACGUGUUUUACUGAUUUGAAUGAUAAUACAACUGAAAGUAAUGAAAUAAAUGGUACGAAUGGUUGUGAUAAUGUAGUCGAUGCUGUGCUCGUCAGGACCUGUGAGAGUCCGUGUCCUUCUUCCGUAUCAAUCAGUUCCAAACGAAGUGACAAAUCGAGACGAAUAUCGAGUCUCUUUGGUUUGUUUCGCAUUAAAGAUAAGAAUAUUGAUAACAACAGCGAAGAUUGUGUCAGUAAUUUCAGUGAACUGUCCGGCGCUACCAUUCCAUCGCUAAUAUCCCAUUCCAUGUCUAAACGAAAAUCAAGUUACGGUUCACGCGAUUCAAUACUUCUAAGUCACGAGAAGAUUGGCUUUGAAGCCGACACUCGACGCCGAAGACGAGCCAAUAGUUUGUUAGCCAAGGGCUCAAUGCGCCGGUCGUGGCAGCAGUUGAAUGGCUCCCCAAAAUUGCCGAUCAUCUCUCCGCCGAGUGCUUCCACUGAUGUUAUAAUUAAAGUAAAAGUUAAGAAAGAGGUCCUCCCGGAGUCGGAAUUGGUGUCAUUCCCUUCCUCUACAAUUGCGGCCAAUAAAAGCAAUACUGACGGCGCGAUUGUCCUCACAUUUGUUGACGACGAGCCUAUGAUAAAGGAUAGCAGUAGUAAUGAGAGCAUAAAAGAUAUUUUUGUAAAAUCAGCGCCAAUUCAGGGAAUAUUAAGGGUUAGGAGUAGAGAGUCUGAUAGUCCGGACUACAACACGACCGAUGGGUUGACAAAAACAACGGAACAAAACAGCGCCGUCACUUCGCUUAACGACAAAAAAUCGGCAGCAAAUCGAAGGCCAACUCAACCAAACACUACCGGCUCUACAGUAACGGCCAAACGAAUGACAAACACAAAAAUCAAUGCAUCAAAUGCUAGCACUUCUAAAAGGGAUGUUCGGUCCACACAUGCACUCGACGAUAGAAACCAAAUCCAGACAUUAACACAAUUAUGCGAUUCGAAGACUAAACAAUUGAAAACUUUAGGCAUAUCCCACAACUACACGAGAAUCGCAUUUGACUCGCUCUCCGUUGUUAUUCAACACCUCAUUGAACAGUACGAACCCUUUGAAACACCAAGAAUUAAGAGAGCGUUAAAGACUGCAAACACCCGAUGCGAGCAAUUAAGGGAUAAUAUCGAUGCAAAAGAUGUAGAGCUAAAUGACAUGAAGAUUAUAUUUGAGGAACAAAUUAAUCAUUUGAUGAAAGAAAGAGAGAAAAACUUUUCCGAUUUGAAUGAAGCGAAAGUGACCCACGAAUUGAAUAUUAAGAAACUGAAAGAAAUGCAUUUUUUGGACAUUAAAAAACUUGAAGAGAAACACAGCAACGAAUUGAUGAAAAGUCAGCAAAAUUGCAAUGAAUUGGUGAAUGAAAUUGAAGAGAAGACAACGGAAUUGAAUGAAACGAAGCAAACGAAAGAAGAGCUCACGAACCGAUUGAACCAAAUGGAGGCCAAUAUAAUGAACGAUAAGAGCAAGAAGUUUAAGUAUUUGUCCGAAAAGAGCAAACAAUUAGAACUAGAGGUCGAGUCGCUUAAAGUGGUUAUGGAAAUGAAAAAUGAAAAAAUUCAUACAUUGGAAAGAAAAAUGAUUGAAACUCAAGAGAAGAUUAACGAAUUGCCGUUCGCUAAGGAGAGCAUCCGAAGCCUUCAGCAACAGAUCGAGACAUUGCAGAUAACUCUGGACCGAAAGAUACAUCAAUUCAAUCAACUGACGCGCGAACACCACGACCUUCAGUGCCUCUACGAGAAAGAGAUGCGCGAAAAGAGACGGCUUUCCAUGAAGAACGAAGAGCUGGCCUUCCAUUUAAGCGAGAGUUUUAACGAAUCGGUCUCUGGUCUCAGCAAUUGUUCCCAUUUGGAUGCAAAUCAUACCAGAUUUAAAUCUCCGGCCAUUAAUAUGGAUGAGACGCCAAUCAAAACGAACCGUUGUAUAAGUGGUAUAAACAACAGUUAUUCCAAUAGAAAAAGUCACUCAAAAGUGAAUCGUUCAAAAUCGAUCUCAACCACGACUACCACUACCACGACAUCAUUGGCUGCUGAUAGGAGAGCCACUCCAAUGGCUAACUCCCAAAACGGUCCCAUUUCUGGCUCACCUAACGAUGAGAAUCAUUUUUUAUCUAAUAGUAAUUUAGAUGAAGUGUUUGACAGCGGAACCAAUUUUGUUGAUUGCCAUUCAAUGCCACAAUCGAUCAAAAAGGGUUUUCAAACGAAUCGAUACGAGAAAUGUAACAUCACUGGCAUGUCUUACCCCUCCGAUGAGACGCCCCCUCAAUGCAUACUUGACAGUGGCUUUGAAGAGAUCCAAGGACUCAACUCAUUGUCCAAAUAAAUAACGUAUUGUUCACUCAUUUAUCGAUUAAUAUUACAAGUGUUGCAAUAGUUUUGUUCAUUCAAUUAUAGAUGUAUUGAACGGCUCAAUGAGUUUAGAAUCUAAUGUUUUAAUUAUUUCUAAACUCUCGAAGCAUAACAUAUAGUAAUUUGAAAUACAAUUCAUUUUAUGGAUAAAAUGUUGUGAUUCUUUGUUUGGAUUAAAAACACAUUAAAUUAACGAGAAUUUGUGUUUAGAAUUAUAGAAAGAGUUCAAUUGAAUGCAAGCCUAACAUUAAGACUAACCCAUAGUCAACAAGUUAUGAAUUUAUUAGCAAUUAUUUAUAAUUAAUUGCAAACUCAUUGCAUAUGCGAUAAUAUUCAAUGAAUAAUAAACAUCAUUAAAAGUCAAACCUCGCAUUUCCUCGAAACCAAUGUCUAUAACUGUAUUUAAGUGUUUGCGACUAAUUAUAGACAAUUAUAUCCAUACCCUUAUGUUAUAUGAACUCCAACUUUCAAACUAUACCUUAUGUAACAACUGUUAAGAGAAGCAGUCUUUUGUGAAAUAGGUUUUAUUUUAUUAAUUGUUAAGUUGUGUAUAAAAAAAUUUGUGUCACUUUUUAUGCUUUACUUCACUUCAUAGGGAAUUCAUUUUCUACUAUAUAUUCCACUCGACUGUAGAUUCCUUUGUCGUUGAC